AUGAUGCACAAGCAAGUGUGUGGUGUGAAGGUGCAGUCGAUGCUCAAUUUGGUUGCCUAUGUGCUGAACUUGGGCAUCACAUACGGCUCUCUUACAGGGGCAUUUGGAGAGACCAACACAGAGCUGAGCGCCAAGUACCACACGCUCAUCACGCCAUCAGGCUAUGCCUUUUCCAUUUGGGGAUUGAUCUUUCUUGGGGAGGGAGUCUUUGCCGUUGCGCAGAUGUUCCCGAAGUUCAGCUCCAGCGCAGUUGUGGAUGCCGUCACCCCAUUUUGGCUCAGUGCUUGCACAUUCCAGAUCGGUUGGACGAUCUUCUUCGCACAGGAGUUGAUGCUGCUCGCACUGAUUUGCAUGCUGGCGAUCUUGGUCAGCUUGCUGGGGGCCAUUCUUCGCGCAGAUCUCUUGCAGGAAGUGUCCUGUGCGGAGUAUGGCCUGCUGCGUGCCCCCUUCUCUCUGCAUUGCGGUUGGAUCAUUGCAGCCAGUGCAUUGAACAUCAAUGUCCUGGCUGACUUCUACAAGGCUGCCCCUGAGAUCCUGCUCAUGCUGGCCAUCCUGUGCCUAAGCGCUAUCAGCGUGCUGGUGGCGCUCUUUGCCUUUGCGGUGCCAAAGGCCGAUCCGCUCAUCGGCCUGGUGGCCUGCUGGGCUUUGCUGGCCAUUUUCGCAGAGCUUGGCAAUCCGGAGAAGUUGAACGACCCAGCUCGUUUCAACUACUUCGACUGGCCAGAACUGGUUCUGGAAGCAUUGCGCGACACCGCCCUGGCCCUGGGUUUGGCCAGCGCAGCUGCUUCUGCGGUGGCAGCGGGCCGCCGAGUAUGUUGCCACGGAGCCAAAUCAGCAGAUGCCUUUGCGAGCGAUCAGGCGAUUUAA